GCCAUACUUCGAUACUUCGACCAACCCUGCAACGGAAAAGCGAGACGCUGCGUGGCAACCUUGUACACCGAAGCAUACUGAGGCUUCAUUAGUCUUGCUAACUACGGCCACAGCUACAAGUGGAUACACCUGGACAAAGCCAGUGUCGACAUCCAUCUGAAUUCGCCGAGCCAACCGUUUUUGCUUCUUUGCGCCACCAAUCGUUACACUUUGCAACUCAUACAGAGCAUUACUGAAUGCCACCAUGAGGAUUCUCUGCGUUGCUGAGAAGCCAGCAAUGUCAAAGUCCCUUGCAGCGAUUCUGUCCAAUGGGCAAUACACUACGCGGCCAACGAACGAUCAAUACACGCGCAACUUUGAGUUUUCGUAUAGGCUACCGAACAACACGAUGACUCACGUAGUCAUGACCGCGGUGCGUGGACACUUGAUGAGCACGGACUUUCCUACACAAUAUAGAAAAUGGGGCAGCUGCGCUCCUGUCCAGCUUUUUGAGCUCCAAGUAGAAAAGGCGACGUCUAAGGAUUUGAUUUCAGUGGAAAGAAACCUUGCAAUGGAAUCGCGGUUGGCAGACCAGGUUAUGAUUUGGACGGAUUGUGAUCGAGAAGGGGAGAACAUCGGAGCAGAGAUCGCCAACGUAUGCCAACGCGAGAAUCGCCGGUUGAAGAUAUGCCGAGCACGCUUUAGCUCCGUUACUCCAGCUGAGGUGCAUAGAGCCAUGCAAAACCCUGUUCAUUUAGAUAUGCGCCAGGCCGACGCCGUUGAUGCACGGAUAGAACUGGACCUUAGGAUCGGCGCAUCUUUCACACGCUUUCAAACCCUUACCCUCCAGGGCCGCUUCCCUGAGUUGGCAGAGGGCGUGAUUAGCUAUGGUCCAUGCCAGUUUCCGACUCUGGGCUUUGUGGUGGACCAGUACCGACGAGUGGAGAAUUUUAUACCCGAAACCUUUUGGAAACUGGAGGUCAAGCACAGCAAGGACGGCGUCGAUGCAACUUUUACAUGGCAACGCGGACAUCUGUUUGACCAGCUGGCAUGCAUGAUUAUCUAUGAGGCUUGUCUCGAGAAUCUCAGUCGCAAUGCGCUUGUGACAAAAGUCAAGUCCCUUCCUACUAAGAAAUACAGGCCCUUGCCGCUCACUACCGUUGAACUUCAGAAAAAUGGAUCCAAAUUUCUCUCAAUUCCGUCCGAUGAGGUCAUGACCGCAGCAGAAAGUCUCUAUACAAAGGGAUGGAUCUCAUAUCCAAGGACGGAAACGGACCAGUUUGACUUGAAUUACGACUUGAUGGGGCUGAUAGAGAAACAGACGCACAAUACUCAGUGGGGUCGAUUCGCCCAACGACUGACCGAAGGUGGCUAUCGUAACCCCAGGAAGGGCAAGAAUAAUGAUCAAGCUCAUCCACCUAUUCACCCGGUUAUGCAUACGGAGAGCCUGGACGGUAAUGAGAAGCGGGUGUACGAGUUCAUAGCUCGUCGAUUUCUGGCCUGCUGCGCUGAAGAUGCAGCAGGCGACCAGACGGACAUUGAAGUCAGGAUUCACACGGAGACCUUUAAGACGACAGGGCUGAUCAUCAAAGAACGGAAUUAUUUGGAUGUUUAUCCCUACGACAAGUGGACUGGAAACGUGCUUCCAAACUUUGUUGAAGGCGAAGAGUUUAUACCUAAAGAAUUUUCAAUGAAAUCCGGUGCAACCAGUCCGCCUACACUGCUGACGGAGAGUCAGCUCAUCGCGUUGAUGGAUAAGAACGGCAUUGGCACGGAUGCUACCAUUGCGGAGCACAUCAAGACAAUUACGAAGCGGGAGUACGUUGUGCGGAGUAAGAGCGACAGAGAAUAUGUUUUUACGCCAUCUACUCUUGGGAUCGCUCUCGUCGAAGGUUAUGAUAAUAUUGGACUGGACAAGAGUUUGUCGAAGCCUUUUUUAAGAAGUGAGCUCGAGAACAAUCUUAAGCUCAUCUGCUCUGGAAACAAGACAAAAGAGGGGGUCGUCAGAGAGAGCAUCGACAUGUACCGAAAUGUCUUUGACAUUGUCAACCGGGAUCAGCGGGUGCUGCUGGAGUCUUUGGAACGAUACCUUGGACGACGCAGAGAACCAACCCCUCCUCCUAGACCAGCUGGGCAGCCUGCGCCAAGGAACCCCAGAGAUGGGCAUGGCCAGGCCCAGGAUGGAAGCGUCCGUCCCAACUCUAGCAACAAUUUCAGUUCUGGCAAUGUAGGAUCGAGCGCCGCCUUUCUUCAGACACAUCAAUUAUCUAGGGGCCUAUCAACCACAGGAUCCGCUGCUGCGGUCAUCUGCCAUUGUGAUGGUCGCCCUCCUGCUGUUGAAAGGAGGGUGGUCAAAGAAGGCGAGAACCAAGGACGGCUGUUUUUCACAUGCAGCAAGCCCCGCGAACAACAAUGUGGAUUCUUUGCCUUCGCAGAGGAUGCGGGAGUAUUGAGCCAUAGAUCGACAAAUCAUCAUCAACAACACCAUCCAGUUGAGACAUUUCCGCAGCGUGCCAACGAAGCUGUCAUGGAGGCGUUCAUUCAAAAUCUGCAGACAGGAAAUGCACCAGAGACAAAGCCCAGGUGUCUCUGCGGGCUGGUAGCCAUGGAGCUGAAGUCAUCGAAGAACAACGGGCGAGUGUUUUGGCGCUGCAGCAAGCAGAGAGGCUGCGAUUUUUUUAAGUGGGAUGACGAGUUGAACUCAGGCCAAGCAGCGGGGCAGCAACAGCAGCACGGCGGUUCCUCUUUUCAAGCGGAUAAAACGUGCUUCAAAUGCCAAAAGAUGGGCCAUUUCGCAAACGCGUGCACUGCACCGGCCGAGAAACAGCGCGGUACCUCUACAAAGACAAGGGCCAAGGGCACUUCCAAGAAAGCUACGACUUCACGUAGCGGAAUUGCGGCUGUACGGGUGAGCAAGAAGGCGCGUCCGAUCUAGAAAAUCUUCUCGGCCCGAUCACGGUUGAUUACCUCAUCAUAUAUAUG